AUGAACAAGGGCAAAGAAGUUGGAUCAUCUGCUAUGUGGGACAGGGAAGCAACAAAUAUUUUUUGUGAUCUCUGUCUUAAGGAGGUGGAGCUAGGAAAUAGACAUACGACAAAUUUUAACAAAGAAGGUUGGAAUCAUGUUUCUGUCAAAUUCAAAGAACUCACAUGCAGAUACUACGACAGGAUGAAAUUUAAAAAUAAAUGGGAUCAACUAAAGAAGGAUUGGAAAAUUUGGAAGGAACUUAAGAGGGGAACUACAUGUUUGGGUUGGGAUCCAUUAAAACGAACGAUAUAUGCUCCUGAGGAGUGGUGGGCUGAGAAACUACAUGUCGUGCCAGCAGCUAAGAAAUUUAAAAUGAAUGGUAUUUAUCCAAUAAUGGAAGAGAUGCUGGAUGGUAUGUUCAAAGGGGUUGUUGCAACUGGAGCACAUGCUUUCACCCCAUCUGAAAAUGAGUUUAUUGGCACAACUAAUGCACCUGUAACUGAUAAUAUAAGUGGCUCAGGAGAAGUACCUUGUCAAAUCCAUAGGUCAGCUGAUGAAAGGCUUGCUGAAUCCUCAUCCAUUCCAAAACGACCUAGGGUUGAGAAAAAAAAGAAAGGAGCGGCAUUCAUCAGAAGCACAAUCGAAAAGCUCGUGCUCUGUUAA